UCAACGAACAAUUGAUCAACACAUUUUUAAUUGAAGAAAUAAAAAUGCUGGUUUUAAAGAGCUUCAAGUUUUUAUUUAAAUAAAAAAUGUGUUUAUCAUUUGUAGUACGUUAUUAUUAGAUUGUUUUAGCAUAAAUAAUUUACAUACUGGCUCCAAUCCAAUAUUUACAAAAUAUUUUCUCAGAAAAUUCCUCUUUAUUGUUCAAGAACAGAACUCUGAUUGGCUUUGGGAGUGAAUUCGUCCUCAUAAGCGCCAAAAGACCCAUAAGAUGACGCAUGAGAUCAUUGGAGAAUUCUAACCUCUAACGGUUGACGUUUACUUCACAACAAAUAAUAUUUAUCAAAAAUUGUUUAAUUAAAACUGAAAAUUAGUUAAUUGUUCAUAUGUAAGAAGAGGUUAUUAAUAUUUGAGCAUCACUUAUAAAAUUUUUAUAGUUCAUUUAUUAUAACUUUUAUUAUAACAUUUCUUACAAGGUAGAUAAAAUUACAAAAUGCUAGAAAUAACGUGUAACGAUCGACUUGGCAAAAAAGUACGUGUAAAAUGUAAUCCAGAUGAUACGAUACAAGAUUUAAAAAAACUGAUAGCUGCUCAAACUGGUACUCAUUGGGAAAAAAUAGUAUUGAAAAAGUGGUAUACAAUUUACAAAGAUCAUAUUAAACUUCAAGAUUAUGAAAUUCACGAUGGAAUGAAUUUGGAGCUGUACUAUCAAUAAAUUUAUAAUUAAUGAUAUGGUGAUUUUAUAAGAACGUUGUUUAUUAAAACAUAGACACUGUAUUUCAUAAAUAAUUUGAUUUGUCAAAAAUAUUAAA